AGGCCCUUUAUUCCUCCUCUUUAGCAGAAGCGCAGCGAGCUCGCGUGGUUCCUGGCUCACCGCUGUUCGCCUUUCAGCUGUUGAUACGAAUAAGUCGGUCAGGAAUUUGCAGUCAUGGCAUUUAAAGACACUGGCAAGGCUCCCGUUGAAGCCGAGGUGGCCAUUCACCGUAUCCGCAUCACUCUGACCAGCCGCAACGUCAAAUCUUUGGAAAAGGUGUGUGCCGAUUUGAUCCGAGGUGCCAAGGAGAAGAGUCUGAAGGUGAAGGGACCUGUGCGCAUGCCUACCAAGGUGCUUGCCGAUCUAAGCCUGGCUUACACUGUGACUUCUGAUAAUCUUGUGCACUUCUGCCCCCAUGUCACUAAGACCCUCCGCAUCACUACUCGCAAGACUCCAUGUGGUGAAGGUUCCAAGACCUGGGACAGAUUCCAGAUGCGGAUCCACAAGCGCCUCAUUGAUCUGCACAGUCCAUCUGAGAUCGUCAAGCAGAUCACCAGCAUCAGCAUUGAGCCUGGUGUUGAGGUGGAGGUCACCAUUGCCGAUGCUUAAUUGCCGUCUGCACAAUUAAUCAGCUUUAUUUCACAUCUGAUUAAUAAAAUUGGAAGUUUUGGA